AUGGAACAGGUUGAAGUAUUUCGUGCGAUCAAACAUCGAUUGACAUAUCCUCCCGUGUUGGCGCACCCAGACUCACCUCUUCCUUUUAACGUGAAGACCGAUGCCUCCGACUAUGCUGUCGGAGGUUACUUAUUCCAGCACGCAAGGACGCUCCAAGAUGCUUCCGCCCAAAAUGAGCAAGUUGAAGCAUUUCGUGCGAUCAAACACCGAUUGACAUAUCCUCCCGUGUUGGCGCAUCCAGACUCACCUCUUCCUUUUAAAGUGAAGACCGAUGCCUCCGACUAUGCUGUCGGAGGUUACUUAUUCCAGCUAAACAGCAAAGGUCACGACGGAUUAUUGUCUACGGAAGUCGCAAAAUUCAGCACGUCUGAGAGAGUGUACCCUAUGCAAAGAACUAUUGGCCGCGCUGCACGACGACACCAGAUCAAGCUUUUCGGAAUUACAUGCAUCUACGAUCUUCAAUUCAGCAGCAAUACAAACGGUUGUAUCAUGAAGGCGGAACGUUUGGCCCACUACUACGUCAUUCUGGGAUGGACGAAAGCCAUCGCCUUUGUGUUCUUUCCAACGUUGAUCUUCGCAAUGCCGUUCUCUUCAGUUGCCGUGUCGCUGCACGAGGUCACCAUGGGACGGUAA